UGAGUAUGGCCGGGGGAGAGAGAGUGACGUAAGACGGUUGACAAAGUCAAGCGGUGUAAAUUAUUACUUGGUCUCAUGAAGCUCUUUCCUGGAAACCCCAUCUAUUUCAUCAAGUUUGUUCAAAGCGUUUCUUCAAGCUUUAACUCUUUAAAUCCCACCACCACGGCGACAAGUAGAGAGAUACAGAGCGAAGGGGGGAUCACAGUGAUGAAAGAGACACAGACCUUCUUGUUAUUGUUCUUCUUCCAACUCCUUUUCAUCACCGUCCCGGUCACUUCAUACAGACCAGUUGAGCAUUUCGCUGUCAACUGUGGUAGUUCCGCCGACGGUCUUGAUAAAGAUCAGAGGAAUUGGCCCGGAGAUAAUGGCACCAAUGAAUUCUCUCUCAUAGAUCCCCACAAAGCCAGCCAGUCCGUCGAGGCCGCCGAAGCACGAGUUACCCCAACAAUCCCCUACGGCACUGCACGCGUCUCUCGCUCCGAAUUCUCGUACUCGUUUCCGGUGACAGGCGGCCAAAAGUAUAUUCGCCUUUACUUUUACCCAUCUUCCUACGACCCCCACUUCCGUCGCUUCGAUGCAAUCUUCUCCGUCAAAGCAGGACCCCACAACCUUCUUAAGGACUUCAAUGCUUCAGCUAACGCCGACGCUGGCGCUUCACUCAUUACUACACAAGAAAAAACCAUUGUACGAGAGUACUGCGUCAACGUUGACCCAGGUCAGAGGCUAAACAUAACCUUCACGCCCAGCCGAUCUCACGAAAACGCCUAUGCUUUCGUCAAUGGGAUCGAGGUUGUCUCUAUGCCCUCCUAUCUUUACUACACCAAUCCUGUAGACGACCAAGAGGCUAUGAGCCUAGAUGGAAGAAAAAACAUCCCGUUUCCGGUCAUAAACAGCAGAGCUCUUGAGAAUGUGUAUAGAAUCAACGUUGGUGGGCGGCAGAUCCCUCCCAUUAAUGAUACUGGCAUGUUUCGAGAUUGGGAGCCAGAUAACCAGUACUUGGAGAUCGAACGCCCACUCAGUAUAUCAGCAGUUUUUGGUAAUUUAAGUCUAAUCUACAAAGAUAGUCAAAAUUAUUUUGCACCAGAUGAAGUAUACAAAACUGCUCGAAACUACGGGAAGAAUGAAAAAUCCAAAUUUAAUGUGACCUGGAGGUUUCAAGUGGACUCAGAGUUUUAUUAUAUGGUAAGAUUGCAUUUUUGUGAGUUUGAUGAACACAUUGAAAAGGUUGGGGACAGAGUUUUUCAAAUUUUCAUAGAUGAUACUUUGGUGGAACCUCUUGCUGAUGUGAUGCUGUGGAGCGACAAGAUUCUUGUUCCUGUCCAUAGGGACUAUGCGGUGUCCAUGCUGGGCAAAGGAAGCUUAAAGAAACCGAAUCUUACAAUUAAGUUACAACCACACCCAUAUGCAAGAAGUACUUUCAGAGAUGUUUUAUUGAAUGGGAUCGAAGUUUUGAAAAUAAGUGACUACAAUGACAAUCUCGCCGGUGCUAAUCCCGAUUUCCUUCCAUCUCCCCCAAUUUCAUCCACCCCAUCCUCCAAGAAUGGAAAGAAAGCGAAGCUAAUUUCCAUUAUCGUUGGGACAUCAUCAGGCUUCAUUGUGGUGUCUCUUAUUGUUUUACUGAUUUUCCGGCGAUUGAUGAGAGCUCCAGACAAGGAAGGAAGUUCAUGGUGGGGACAAAAAUCAGGAGACUCAUCAAAAAAGAUCAAAUCCCAUGGUUCAUCAUUGCCGUCCAAUUUGUGUCGCUGCUUUUCAAUAGAUGAGAUUAAAGCAGCCACAAGUAAUUUUGAUGAUAUUUUUAUUGUGGGCGUUGGAGGGUUUGGUAAUGUCUAUAAAGGUUACGUUGAUGAUGGUACGGUCCCUGUGGCGAUCAAACGGCUCAAGCAAGGUUCCCAACAAGGGCUCCAUGAGUUUCAAACUGAGAUUGAAAUGCUCUCUCAACUUCGUCACAAUCAUUUAGUGUCUCUUAUUGGUUACUGCAACGACGGCAACGAGAUGAUCCUCGUCUACGAGUUCAUGGCUCGUGGGACCCUCCGUGACCAUAUUUACGAUACUGAUAACCCUCCACUUUCCUGGAAGCAAAGGUUGGGGAUGUGCCUUGGUGCUGCUCGUGGACUCCAUUAUCUUCAUACUGGUGCGAACCACAAUAUCAUUCACCGUGAUGUGAAAUCCACAAAUAUCUUGAUAGAUGAGAAAUGGGUGGCUAAAGUUUCGGAUUUUGGAUUAUCCAAGAUAGGACCCAUAGGGAUGUCCAAGUCUCACGUAAGCACAGUGGUGAAAGGAAGCAUUGGUUACUUGGAUCCAGAAUACUAUAAGCGUCAAAGGUUAACUCAUAAGUCUGACGUUUACUCCUUUGGAGUUGUAUUGCUGGAAGUAUUGAGUGGGAGGCCUCCCUUGCGACGUAACGUGGAGAAGCAGAAAUCAAGUUUAGUGGAGUGGGUCCGAAAAUGCCAUCGCGAGGGUGUGAUUCAUCAAACUGUUGACCCUUUCCUGAUAGAAAGUAUCACACCAGAGUGCUUAAAAGCAUUCAGCGACAUGGCACUCCAAUGUUUGGUGGAAGAUGGGAAUGAACGGCCUUCGAUGAACGACGUUGUGUGGGGCCUAGAGUUUGCGUUGCAGCUUCAAGAAGGGACAGAGGGAUUAGUGGGGCUUGAUGUGACCGAGAUUGAAGGAAGGAGCGAGGAAAGAGCUCUGCUGAGAAAAGCUACAAAUGUGGAAGAAAGUAAAGUAGGGUUCACGAGCAGUGAUGAAUCAAAAGGCAGCAGGUUGACUACUUCAAGCAGUGAAAAUCAGUCUUUAGUUUCUGGGUCGAUCUUCUCCGAGUUGGGUCAUCCAACUGUUCGAUGAUGAAGAGAAGUCCACGAAAAAAAAUAAUAAUAAUAAAAUAAAGAAAGAAAGAAAGAACACGGGUUAUUAUUGCUUUGUGAUAUUUUUUGUUCAUUUCCUUACGCCAACGACUUCGCAUGAUUGUAUAUAUAUCUGUUGCUGUGACGCCUAUUGGAAUUUC